AGAGAGAGAGAGAGAGAGAGAGAGAGAUUAAAUAGAAGGCAGGCGCAGUCUUGUCGUAUCUGCCAGACUGUGGACGGAAGGUACCAGCUGCUAGCUCCGUUAGCUUCGGUGUGCACAGUUAGCAACUAGCUCCAGGAGUCCCAGCUCCCUUUUACUACACGAGAGGGGAGCGAGCAGGACGCUGUUGGAGCUCCWGCUCGGCCGUCCUGAAGUGACUCCUUCUGUGUUUGUGUACACAAGCCUACCUUUUCCUACUUCCUCAGUGUMAGCAGCAGCAGCGUGUCUGCCACUGUCAGGGUUAGCAGGAAGAACAAGCGAACCCAUAAACACUGCCUGUUGUUGACAUUCGGUCCGGCUCCUUGACAGCGGAUUCACGCCAUUCACUGAUAACCAACAUGAUGUUCCAGUUUGCCGUCCUCCGCGGCGGCCUGGGCCUGCUGGCCAUCAGGAGGGCGUGCCUCCACUCCCGGUCGGCCCACUCCGCCCCGCAGACCCAGUACAGACCCAUCAAGAAAGUCAUGGUGGCCAACAGAGGUGAAAUAGCGAUCCGAGUGUUCAGAGCCUGCACCGAGCUGGGGAUUCGCACCGUGGCUGUUUACUCCGAGCAGGACACCGGACAGAUGCACAGGCAGAAGGCCGACGAGGCUUACCUGAUUGGGAAAGGACUGCCACCUGUUGCUGCGUACCUGCACAUUCCAGACAUCAUUAAAGUGGCCAAGGACAAUAAAGUGGACGCCAUUCACCCCGGCUAUGGUUUCCUCUCGGAGCGGUCAGACUUUGCUCAGGCCUGUGCAGAUGCAGGAGUGAGGUUCAUCGGGCCGAGCCCAGAAACCGUCCGCAAGAUGGGAGACAAGGUGGAGGCUCGCUCCCUGGCCAUCAGCGCAGGCGUGCCCGUGGUCCCAGGAACAGACGCUCCCAUCGCCAGCCUACAGGAGGCUCAAGCAUUCGCACAAACAUACGGUUUCCCCAUCAUCUUCAAAGCAGCGUACGGAGGCGGCGGCCGAGGCAUGAGAGUGGUUCGAGAGUACGAGGAACUGGAGGAGAACUACCAGCGGGCGUACUCCGAGGCCCUGACUGCUUUUGGGAAUGGAGCUCUGUUCGUAGAGAAGUUCAUUGAAAAGCCAAGACACAUAGAAGUACAGAUCCUUGGUGAUAAAUAUGGGAAUGUGAUCCACCUGUACGAGAGAGACUGCUCCAUUCAGAGACGACACCAGAAGGUUGUGGAGAUUGCACCUGCCUUCCAGCUGGACCCUCACCUGAGAGACAGACUUCACGCUGAUGCCGUUAACCUCGCCAAACAGGUGGGGUACGAGAACGCAGGGACUGUGGAGUUUUUGGUGGACAAACAUGGGAAACACUACUUCAUUGAAGUCAACUCCCGACUCCAAGUCGAACACACGGUCACUGAGGAAAUCACUGAUGUGGACCUGGUGCACGCCCAGCUGCAUGUGUGUGAGGGCCGCAGCCUGCCAGAGCUUGGCCUCAAACAAGACAAGAUCAGGGUGAACGGCUGCGCGAUCCAGUGUAGAGUGACGACCGAAGACCCAGCCAGAGGCUUCCAGCCAGACACCGGGAGGAUUGAGGUCUUCAGGAGYGGUGAAGGUAUGGGGAUCCGUCUGGACAGCGCGUCAGCCUUCCAGGGUGCUGUCAUUUCACCUCACUAUGACUCACUGCUGGUUAAAGUCAUCGCCAGCGGAAAGGACCUGCACACGGCUGCAUCCAAAAUGAGCCGAGCCCUGGCAGAGUUCAGGGUGCGAGGGGUCAAGACCAACAUCCCGUUCCUCCAGAAUGUCUUUUCCAACAACCAGUUCCUGCACUCCACCGUGGACACCCAGUUCAUCGAUGAGAACCCYGAACUCUUCAACCUCAAGCCCACUCAGAACCGAGCCCAGAAGCUGCUGCACUACCUGGGUCAUGUGAUGGUAAAUGGACCAACCACACCCAUCCCGGUCAAGGCAAAGCCCUCAUCGAUAGACCCUGUUGUCCCUCCUGUCACAAUGGGUGACCCACCUGUAGGUUUCCGUGACGUGUUGCUGCGUGACGGUCCUGAGGGAUUUGCAAAAGCUGUGCGGGCUCACCAGGGUCUGCUGCUGAUGGACACCACAUUCAGGGAUGCUCACCAGUCACUUCUGGCCACCAGAGUUCGAACCCACGACCUGAAGAAGAUCUCUCCGUUCGUCAGCCACAGCUUCAACAAUCUUUUCAGCCUGGAGAACUGGGGAGGUGCUACUUUUGACGUGGCCAUGAGAUUCUUGUCCGAAUGUCCAUGGAAGAGACUCCAGGAGCUGAGAGCUUUGAUCCCAAAUGUCCCGUUCCAGAUGCUGCUGAGGGGGGCCAACGCUGUGGGCUACACCAACUACCCCGAUAACGCYGUCUAUAAGUUCUGCGAGGUGGCCAAAGAGAACGGCAUGGACAUUUUCCGAGUGUUUGAUUCCCUGAACUACCUGCCCAACAUGCUGCUGGGUAUGGAAGCAGCCGGAGCAGCGGGCGGCGUCGUCGAGGCCGCCAUCUCGUACACGGGCGACGUCUCGGACCCAAUGAGGCAGAAAUAUUCCCUGGAUUACUAUCUGAAGCUGGCUGAAGAGCUUGUCAAAGCUGGAACCCACAUCCUCUGCAUCAAGGAUAUGGCCGGCCUGCUGAAGCCCGAGUCCAGCAGGCUCCUGGUCAGCGCUUUGAGGGACCGUUUCCCAGAAGUUCCCAUUCACGUGCACACGCACGACACGGCUGGAGCUGGGGUGGCGGCCAUGUUGGCCUGUGCUGAAGCUGGAGCGGAUGUUGUUGACGUGGCGGUUGACUCUAUGGCUGGGAUGACGUCUCAGCCCAGCAUGGGGGCCAUGGUUGCGUGCACCAAAGGGACUAAAUACGACACCGGCAUUGCUCUGGAGAAGGUGUUUGACUACAGUGAAUACUGGGAGGUAACCAGAGGUCUGUACGCUCCGUUCGACUGCACCGCCACCAUGAAGUCAGGCAACGCUGACGUGUAUGAGAACGAGAUACCAGGAGGACAGUACACCAACCUGCACUUCCAGGCUCACAGCAUGGGGCUGGGAAAUAAGUUCAAGGAGGUGAAGAAGGCUUAUGUGGAAGCUAACAAACUACUGGGAGACCUCAUUAAGGUGACUCCAUCUUCUAAGAUCGUGGGGGAUCUGGCUCAGUUCAUGGUCCAGAACAACCUGACCAGAGCGGAGGUGGAGGAGAGGGCCGACGAGUUGUCUUUCCCACAAUCUGUGGUCGAAUUCCUGCAGGGAUACAUUGGAAUACCGCAUGGUGGAUUCCCCGAGCCCUUCAGAUCCAAGGUGCUGAAGUCCCUCCCGUGUAUCGAGGGGCGCCCCGGAGCCUCUCUGCCUCCGAUGGACUUCAAGGCUCUGGAGGAGGGGCUUCGGGCCGCCCACGGCAACGACAUCAGCCCCGAGGAUGUGAUGUCGGCCGCCAUGUACCCCAAAGUGUUCCAGGAGUUCAAGGAGUUCACAGCUAACUUUGGUCCUGUGGACUGUCUCAGCACCAGGCUGUUCCUGGAUGGGCCCAAGAUCGCAGAAGAGUUUGAGGUGGAGCUGGAGCGAGGGAAGAUCCUCCACAUCAAGGCUCUGGCUCUGGGAGACCUGAACAAGGCUGGUCAGAGGGAGGUCUUCUUCGAGCUGAACGGGCAGCUCCGAUCAGUUCUGGUUAAAGACACAGUGGCCAUGAAGGAAAUGAAGUUCCACCCCAAGGCUCAGAAGUCCAUUAAGGGUCAGGUUGGAGCUCCGAUGCCUGGAAAAGUUCUGGAGGUCAAGGUUAAAGUUGGAUCUAAGGUGGAGAAGAGUCAGCCUCUCUGCGUCCUCUCAGCCAUGAAGAUGGAGACGGUGGUCAACUCCCCGAUGAGCGGGACCAUCAAGGCCAUCCACGUGGAGCCCGACGCCUCCCUGGAGGGAGACGACCUGAUCCUGGAGAUCGAGGAGUGAAGCGAGGAGGUGGAGGAGGAGACAGUUUGUACAUAUUCUGUUUAGCUAGCACAGAUUAGGUGUUGGGAUGAUGUUUACUAACCAUGUGGACACUAACUUAGAUCAAACAUUCCRCUGCAGAGUCUUAAUGUGAAACUUAAUUCAUGCAGUCGUUUCUAACCUGACGUCAGUCAAACUUUAAAUGUUUGUAAUUUAACACAACAUUCAGGASGGUGUUUCAUCAGUUUAGAUUUUUAUUUUCCCCCCCGUCACUCAUCUUUGUCACAUUGCAUUCUGGGAAUGUUUAAUCACUAUAAGUUUAAACAGGAAGAGUUUAAGGAAAUAAAUCAGAUCAUCAUAUGUUCUGUUACUGUAUCAGUAAUGACAUUUUAAAACUUCACAUCUAGUUCCACUCGUCUUUACACUCAGAUUAUGGUGAAAAUGGGAUUACACGGUGCUCUGACGUGUGGCUUUUUCUCCCUCUUCAUUUACGAGUUAAUUCUGUGAAAAUCAGCUGAACUAAUAUUGGAAUCCCAGUUGCAGAUUUAGAUUUCUAUUAAAACUGAUCCAAAGCACAGCUCCUGCUUCACAUAAGUUAAUGUGGUGAAGCUGCAGAUUAAACAGUGUUACUGAUUGAAUGUUUCAGACCAGUGAAAGUUUACUUUAAAGCACAAUUUGUUUUUUAAAUGUCACCUUUCUUACCUCUUCAGUMUAGUUUACAACAAAAAUGAAAGUUGGUUUCCUGAGCCGUGUUUACGAUGCCGUGUUUCUGAAUGUUGGGUCCAAACGACAGAAAGUUCCCUCCUCCUCUCCUCAUCUGUUUGCACAUAAAAACCAUCACUUAAUGCAAUAAUGUGAGCCGCGCUUCUAAUGAUGUACUCAUGUCUGUGGAAGAAAAAUAAUAAACAGCAGAAGAUGAA